CUAAGCAAGCCUCUGUACACCAGUCAGUAACUGUCAGAGUCACACAAGGAGCGUGCUGCAUAUCGACAAGUCUCUUCAAGCACUUAAAACGACCAGAGGCGUAAUUAAUUUAUGAGAGAUAAUUAGCGGUUUUUUAUUACACAAUGGGAGGAUCUUCUUCCAGCCUUCUGGAUGACAAUAAAUGCAACUACAUAAGGGGACGAGCUGAAGCAGAGUUGAAGAACUUCAGCCCCCACUACAGGCGUCAGUACGCAGUGGCAUUCUUCAGGCAGCUACGUGAUGAGGUGGAGCAGCACAGGACAGUCCAGACACAGCUCCUGAAACACAAGCAGCACACAGAACCGGGGAAGGUUCUGCAUGAAGAGGUGAUUACCUAUUACUCUGCUGAGCUGAAGAAAUGGAAGGAGCGCUACGUGCUGGUGCGAGCUGAUUACAGCCUGGAGAUCCAUGAAAACUAUGAUACCUUUCUGAAUGGAACAAGCCCGAUGGUCAGGCUGCUUCCAGCCGGAGGCGCUGUGCUGACGUCUGAGGAUCAAUACACUGCACUGGCAGACAGGUUCUUUCCCGACCCGAGUGGUGUGAGUGAGGAGAAUGCUCCUCCCAUGGUCUCCAUGCCUGAUCAGUUUCCUGUGUACCUGUGGCAGCCCUAUCAGAAACACAGCUACUUCUGCUUCCACAGCGCAGAUUCUCAGAAGAGCUUUGCAGCUGCACUCGGAGACUGCAUCAGACACCAAAACCACGACUACCAGAAGAAGACCAAAUGUGAGGUUCAAGCCUUCCUAGAGGCUGUACAGUUCUACAGGCAGGAGAAAGGCCACUAUGGGUCCUGGGAAAUGUUGAUUGGCAAGGAUGUCCAGGUUCUGAGUAACCUGGUGAUGGAGGAGCUUCUGCCAUCUCUUCAGACAGAGCUGCUGCCCAAGAUGAAGGGAAAGAAGAACGACCGGAAGAGAAUCUGGUUUGCUAUUGUAGAAGAUGCCUACAACGUGGUCACGUCCCAGGUUUCCACUGGGUUAGCGGCUCUAGAAGAAGAGUGCAGAGCGGCAACUAAACAGCAGGAGGGACUCAUUCGAUCCGACAUGGAUCAGAUCCUCAACUCCAAGAAUUUCCUCGCAGGAAAGCUGAACGCCACAGUUUCACAGCCUGCAGUGAAGUGCUGCAUGGAGAACGUCCAGCCCUACCUGUCUUCUAUACUGGAGGAGCUGAUGGGACCCAUCAGUUCUGGGUUCAGUGAGGUCCGCUUCCUCUUUGAAACGGAAGUUAAUAAAAUGAGCAAUGACUACCAAGAAAGCAGCAGCAUCGACAAGCUGAAGAAGGGUCUGGCCGAGCUGGGGAACCUUCCCUUUACCUCCCUGAAGAUGCAGCCCUGCUACAGAAAGGUGGAUGUCCUCCGUGAGCAGCUACAGGACCUGAGGAACCGCUUCAAAUUCUCCAACACUGACCGCCUUGUACAGAUCACACAGAAUCACAUGCAGCAGAUUAUGGACAAUGUAGUGCACACUUUCGAGCAACUAUUGUCCAAUUCUCUGCAAGGGGGCCCUUCCCAAAUCUGUUCAGCCGUUGAGAAGGUCAAGCAGAGAGUGUUAAAGCAAUACGACUACGACAGCAGCACGCUUAGGAAGAAGCUCUUCCAGGAGGCUCUAGUGGAAAUUACCAUGCCGACAAUGCAGAAAAGCCUGGCUCCCAGCUGUAAACCAGAGCUCCAGAGGUUUGAACAGUAUAUCUUUGCUGAUUACACAAACUUUAUACAAGUGGAAAAUGUCUAUGAUGAAAUUAUAUUUCAGACUCUACAGAGUGAGAUUGACAAAGUGGUGAAAGAAGCUGCAAACAUGAAGAAGCACAACUUGUUUGUGGAUAGCAUUGAUUUCCCUUGUGAAAGCCAGUCCAGCCUGACAGAUAGCAGGACUCAGCCAGGAUCGAUUCCAGGAAGCCCGGCGAAGCACGUGGUUCACCCAAUUGAAGAUGCUAAUCCUCAGGCUGAGGGAAACAGGGUCCCAGAGAGCCAAGACCAGCCAGCUUUACCUGAGUCUCCAGAGAGUAUAGUGUCAGCCAAGAAUGAGCAGCAGGAAUCUAGCGCAGUUGGCAUUGACCCUGGCAUAACAAUUAAUGCCGAGUCUGUAACACUCAGCAUGGCAUCAGUCGACAUUGCUAAUGAUGUAGAAGACGAGAGAACACAGGAAAAUGCCGUCCACAAGGAAAUUCAAGCUCCAGACAAUCUAAAGGAAAUCAGAGACCUGAUAACCAUAGUGAGACCAGAAGAUCCAGGUGACCAGGAACUUGAUUCACACGUCGAACUCUUGGAACAGGAAGAAAGUGUUUUGAAGGAGCAGCUCAGAACCUUGGAGAGUGACAGGCCCGAGAACAAUGAGCCAGGAGAGGAAAGUGGCAUGGCUUUAGAGAAAUGAGACGAAGGUUAUCAAUGAAGGGCAGGACUGUCUUUAGUGCAUUUACACAUACUAUUCGCUACAAACACCAUUAAUCACUCUCACUGCUGGUAUAUUUACCCAGGUUCAGCUACCUUUUGGGUGAACUGAACAGCUGGUUUUGAAGCAGUUCAUGUAGUUGGUAGCUCCCACCUCUGAAACAAAGAAACAAUAUUACAGUACUGUGUAUAUAGAUCAGUAUCUCCACCCACUGUAGACAGGAUACACACAAGGUUUAUUAGCAGUCUGUUUUUAUACAGAUACUCUAUAUCGAAGCUUGCUGAAACAGUUUAGUCAGACCUAAAGGAAAACUGAUAUAAUUGUUGUCCUGUUUGUUCAGUGUACUUAUUAACCAAUUGGAAACUAAUGCAGUGAGAUUACACUUAUUUUUAUAACGGUUUUGUGUCCAUUCAAUAUCAGAACUCACAAAUAGCCAUCCACUGCCAAGAAUUGUGUUCAUUUAUACAACGUUUUAACAUUUUGAUAUCUUUUUCAUAAAUAUAUAUAUAUAUAUAUAUAUAUAUAUAUAUAUAUAUAUAUAUAUAUAUAUAUAUAUAUAUAUAUAUAUAUAUAUAUAUAACCUCAGCAUGGAUUGAUUAUACAUAUUUAAAGUAAACACAUAAAUAAACAUAGCAAGUAAGGAAUAAAACUAUUAACAGAGACUAUAUUCCCCCUAACUGGAAUACUAUUAUUACAUAUCACUGAAUAUUUUUUUUUGUUUUGCUUUCUUAGUUUUCUCUGGUGAUGACAUCUUUGAUUCUGUUCUAUUUAGAACACAGCUGUAUUUUCAUAAUUCACGAUCGCCAUUUUUAGUAUUAGACAAAUUGAUGAAAGACAGUUUUGCAGUUCCUGACAUUCUUAACUAUAACAACAACUAAGUAA